UAAUAUUUGAUAGGUACUAAAUAAACUAAACCCUGGGUGGAACGGUGCGCACGAUAACAGUCGCAAAAUUCUCGAACCCCACUCCGCCCUCUGAGUCAGCCUUUUUGUCAAAUAGUCAGAAUCAGCUUCACUAUUUCCCCACAACACUACAGGCCCACUUUUUCUUGUUGAAUUUCUUCGAGUCAUAAGCGUACUCUCUCUCUCUCUCUCUCUCUCUCUCUGUGUGAAAGCUCCAAAGCAAAAAUGGAGGGUCUUCCUCCUGGUUACCGUCCCAACGUUGGCAUUUGCCUCAUCAACUCUGACAACCAAGUAUUUGUGGCUUCAAGAUUGAAUGUUCCAGGUGCAUGGCAGAUGCCUCAGGGAGGCAUCGAAGAUGGCGAAGAGCCCAAAUCUGCAGCCAUCAGAGAACUGCAAGAAGAAACUGGAAUAGUAUCUGCUGAAAUUAUUGCCGAGGUUCCAAAUUGGUUGACGUAUGACUUCCCUCCUGCUGUGAAGGCCAAAGUGAAUCGUCUUUGGGGAGGUGAAUGGCAUGGGCAGGCACAGAAGUGGUUCCUUAUGAGAUCAACAAAAGAUGACAGUGAGAUCAACCUAGCUAAUGGUGAGGCAGAACCCGAAUUUGCAGAGUGGAAAUGGGCAAGCCCGGAAGAAGUUAUUGAGCAGGCGGUGGACUACAAAAGGCCAACGUAUGAGGAAGUUAUGAACACCUUCAAGCCAUACCUUAGUGGAAGUACAAUAUCCACAAAAUGUAAAUCGUCUAAAUGGUGAAUGUUGUGGGCGUGGAUCUUGUGGUUUUGUAGUUCUGUCCUUGAUCUACACAAUUUACCUGUAAAAUGUGGAUUCGGUAGAACUUUGCUCUUUGUAAAUGGAAAUGCCAGUUCAGUACUUAAAAUUAAA